AUGGACGAAAAGAAUGCCUACGACGAAAUUUUUAAUUAUAUAUGUGAUGAUAGCUAUCCUAGUGGUGCUGAAAAAGACCAGAAAAGAAAUCUCCGAAAGAAAGCGGAAAAAUUUGUUCUUAAAGACGGUGCCUUGUUUUAUGUUGGUAAAAGCAAUAGCCAGCCUCGAAGAUGGGUUUAUGGCGUGGAAGAGCAGAAACAAAUUUUGACAGCUUGCCACACCGAUAAACUGGCAGGACAUUUUGGGUGUGAUAAGAUGAGAGAUAAGGUUUGUAUACAGUAUAUACAAUUCAAGUUUAAUCGAUAAUGUGGUUGUAUAGAUUAAAUGGUUUUUUCUUUGGUCUUUAUCUUUAGGUUGCAUCUCGGUACUACUGGCUUAGAGUCACUGAAGAUUGCGAUGAAACUGUAAAGCACUGCGAUAUUUGCCAACGCAACUCGAAAAAGUUUCACAAACCUUCUUCACAACUCCAUCCCAUCAAAGUGAAAGACAUCGUUUGGCAUUGA